CAUGGAGCUUCGCGAGGCCGGCGGACGCGGCUCGUCGCCCCGGCAACCCAGGAGGCCAACACCGGACUCAGGUGGCGGCGGCGGCGAAAGCGGCGGCGAUGGUGUCCAACCCUGUGCAUGGCCUGCCCUUUCUCCCGGGCACGUCCUUUAAGGACGCCACGAAAGCAGCAUUUCAUAGAAGCCAGACACUGGGCUACAGGAACGGCUAUGCAGUUGUUCGACAUCCAACAGUUGGUAUAGGCGGGGAGCGGCUCCAGGUCAACCAGCUGUCCCAGGCUGAGCUGGAUGAGUUGGCCAACAAGGCACCAGUUUUAACUUAUGGCCAACCUAAGCGGGCCCCACCUGCAGAAUUUAUUCCUGCACAUGUGGCUUUUGACAAAAAGGUGCUGAAAUUUGAUGCCUAUUUCCAAGAAGAUGUUCCUAUGUCAACUGAGGAACAUUAUCGGAUUCGUCAAGUGAACAUUUACUACUACCUGGAAGAUGACAGCAUGUCUGUCGUGGAGCCUGUUGUGGAAAACUCUGGGAUCCUUCAAGGCAAGUUAAUCAAACGCCAGCGGCUAACCAAGAAUGACCAGGGAGACCAUUACCAUUGGAAAGACCUAAAUCGAGGAAUAAACAUUACAAUUUAUGGCAAAACUUUCCGCAUUGUUGACUGCGACCGAUUCACGCAGGUAUUUUUGGAAAGUCAGGGAAUUGAAUUAAAUCCACCAGAGAAGAUGGCUCUUGAUCCUUACACUGAACUCCGGAAACAGCCUCUUCGUAAGUAUGUCACCCCAUCGGACUUUGACCAACUGAAGCAGUUUCUCACCUUUGACAAACAAGUUCUUCGAUUCUAUGCAAUCUGGGAUGAUACGGACAGCAUGUUUGGUGAAUGUCGGACCUACAUCAUUCAUUACUAUCUUAUGGAUGAUACAGUGGAAAUUCGAGAAGUCCAUGAGCGGAACGAUGGGCGAGAUCCUUUCCCACUCCUGAUGAACCGCCAGCGCAUGCCAAAGGUUUUGGUGGAGAAUGCAAAGAACUUCCCUCAGUGUGUGCUGGAGAUCUCUGAUCAAGAGGUGUUGGAAUGGUAUACUGCCAAAGACUUCAUUGUGGGGAAACCACUCACUAUCCUCGGGAGAACCUUCUUCAUCUAUGAUUGCGAUUCUUUCACUCGACAGUAUUACAAAGAAAAGUUUGGAAUCUCUGAUUUACCACGUAUUGAUGUGAGCAAGAAGGAGCCACCUCCUGUGAAACCGGAAUUACCUCCUUAUAACGGUUAUGGACUUGUUGAAGACUCUGCUCAGAAUUGCUUUGUUCUCAUUCCAAAGGCUCCGAAAAAAGAUGUUAUUAAAAUGCUGGUGAACGAUAACAAGGUGCUUCGUUAUUUGGCUGCACUGGAAUCUCCCAUCCCGGAAGACAAAGACCGCCGAUUUGUCUUCUCUUAUUUUCUUGCCAGUGACAUGAUCAGUAUCUUUGAGCCACCUGUCCGCAAUUCUGGCAUCAUUGGGGGCAAGUACCUUGGCAGAACUAAAGUUGCUAAACCGUCCUCAACAGUGGAAAACCCCAUCUACUAUGGCCCGACUGACUUCUUCAUUGGUGCUGUGAUUGAGGUGUUUGGCCACCGGUUUGUCAUCCUUGACACAGACAACUAUGUUUUGAAGUAUAUGGAGAGCAAUGCUGCCCAGUAUUCACCAGAAGCACUCUUGUCCAUUCAGAACCGUGUUCAAAAGCAAGAAGAUCCUGCGCCAGAAUUGGAAAAAGAAAAGCAGCAAGAAAUCGAGAAUGUUGUUACUCAGCUUCCUGACUACCCGAAGCUCUCUGAGCAAGGGACUGCCUGUCCUGGGAGUGGGUCUACCUUCACUGGGACCAAGGGGAGACCUUGGAUCAUGGAUCAAGAGCUAAGCAAGCAAACUAAAGAGGAUCCAGGUGUGCAAGAACUGGAGGCAUUAAUAGACACAAUCCAGAAGCAACUGCAAGAUCAUCCGUGCAAAGAUAACAUUUGCGAAGCCUUUCAAAUUUAUGACAAGGAAGCUUCAGGAUAUAUUGACAAAGAGAUGUUCUUUAAAAUCUGUGACUCUCUCAACCUGCCAAUUGAUGAUUCCUUGAUUAAGGAGUUGAUCAGGCUGUGCCCUCACAGAGAAGACAAGAUUAACUACUAUCACUUUGUGCGUGCUUUCUCCAAAUGACCUGGCUGAGGAGAGAAUGCAGUACGACGUUUUGAGGGGACCCAGGUCAAACUGAGUCCAUUAAAGCAUCUUCCUCACUUAGCUUGUGGACCUACUGCACUCCGACAGUCCCUUUCAGGAACUCCACACUCUAGUAACUUCUCCACAACCCUGCAAGAGGGAAGUU